CAUGGCAUCCCUUGAUGCUCUGGCCGCGCUCACACAAGCCAUUCAGUCCCAGUCCGCCGAGAUGCGCCACGAGAUGGGCACGAUGCGCAACGCCAUCGAGAGCUACAAUUCCCGCGCCUGUGCGCUCGAGAUGCAAUUGGGCCAGAUGCACGCGAUACAAUCACAGUCUCACUCAGAGAUGGUGUCCCCAGCCCAAUCGAUGUCAACGGCAUGGGGGUCCCGUUUCGCCGAGCUGCAGACCUCCGUGCAGCAGGGAACCCCCGCUCCGGGGGAGGACCUCGACGUCACCGCCCGCAUCACCAACACCAUCGAUUCGAAGGACGCGUGCAAGCAGUUCCGUGAAUGGGCACACGACAACAUGCCCACGUGGCACGACCCGCGCGAGAAGGUGCAGGUCAACCUCGGCGCCAGGCCCGACAUGCCGCUGGUCCACAGAUUGCGCCAGCGCGCGCUCUCAAUCCCAUGGCCCCGCAUCUUGUCCAAGCUACAGGGUCUUUCAAAAAGGGUUCCAAGCAGCCACAAGCUCGGUGUCAACGGCGCUCGCGGAGAGUUCUCCAUCAUCGAAAUCCAGGAGGACGACCAUUGGGUGCUCUUCCACGCGGCCGAGGAGCGCGAGAAUCAUGUCAGCAUCCAGCCCAAUCUCGACAACCUCAGGGAGUGGGGCAUCCACGCCGAGGCCGCCAAUGCCCUCAUCCAAGUCGCCGCCGACGUGACAGCCCAUUUGCCGCCAGCUCAGGUGCAGACGUUCGUGCUAGGCCUUGCAUUUAAGAUCGCCCCGACGUCUGCCGACUUCAUCGAUCCGCGCGCCGUUCAGUGGAUCGAUUGGCAGGGCUUCCACGACUAUAUGGGGGAGGCAGCCCCAGUGUCUCCCGAGGCCGCCAAUGAGCUCGCCCCGUACAUCCCUAGUGUCGACCCCGCCGUGAGCUGGAACAUGUCUUGGGAAACGUUCGGGGUAUUGGGCUCCCUCGUUCAGGAUGUGUUGCGGGGCGAGGGCAUUUGGUUCUCACGCUACGCCAGGCUCGAUGCGGUGUUCCGGGAGGCCGCGCCGACCGACGACCCCGACACGCUCCCCUUCGGCCUUGGCGGCGGCACGGGCGCUCCCUCGCCGACCUGCGCUUUCGACUGUGAGCGCCCAGACUUCCAGGAGGCCGAACCUGGCUUCUGCGGCCUGGGGGGCCAGCCAGCGCUCCGCGCGCACCCGAACAGGCGGCUGCGGGUGGAAGCCCGCAUCAGGCAUAAGACUGCGAGGUGGAAGGCUUCGUCGCCAAUCGGCAUUCUGGCCUGGCGGGCGCCUGCCAUAUUUGCCAGACUCCGCAACUUCACGCUUCUGAAGGUCGCACCCGCGGUGCUCAGGGCUCAGUGGAACGGCAG